UGGUGUAGUUGAACGACCACGGCGAUUCAAAUUCAUAAAUUCAGUUGAUGUUCGACAGACACCCAUUGUGCCAGAGCCAUCAAGGUUUAGUCGUUUGAGAUUGGCGCCAACAAAGCCUUUGCCGCCAACAAAGGAAGCUGAUCGCCCGCCACAAAACCAUUCAUCGGCCGCAAAACGUAUAACGCGUUCAAUGACAAUUGACACACGACCAUCGAAUCAAUCGGUUCAAUCGGCUCGCCCGCCACAAAACCAUUCAUCGGCCGCAAAACGUAUAAAGCGUUCAAUGACGAUUGACACACGACCAUCGAAUCAAUCGGUUCAAUCGGCUCGCCAGCCACAAAACCAUUCAGUCGCUCGCCGUCCGCCGCCAGUUCUACCAUCAACAUCAACAUCAACAUCGGCCGCUCAAAAAGGCACCAAAACUUAUCUUUUUCAUCCCAGAAUUUGUCGACGACGUGGCGAACAGGCGAAAGAAAAUAUUGAAACGUUUACAAUUAAGAUGCGCCUGAAUCAGUUUCUACGCAGCAAUGCAAACGAUGAAGGCCGUGUAGGUGGCAGCGACAACAGAAGGAAAAUAAAUGAUGCACGAAUCGCGGCAACAAUUGCGCGGCGAAAUGACGCUGCACGAAACCAAGGAAACAAUCAAGGGAACAAUGUCGAUCAGAAAAGUAGGCUGAUCAAAAUUAUAAACGACAAAGUUACUCAAAUGUCAGACAUGAUUCGAUUGGCAUCAUUACAUUUGCACAACUCGCUGAAUCGUUUGGUUGCUGAUGGAACAAAUGAGGAAAUUCGGGCGGAAUUUGGGAAUGAAUUCAAUCCGAGGAAACAUUUCUAUGCCCAAAAGCAAUGUCAAAGAAACCUUGAUUAUCCGAUGAAUCGUGACUUUGAGAAUAUGUUGAGAGAACGUCAUAUUCCGGUCAAACCGAAAAUAAAGAAUACUGGUCAGUGUAUUAAAUAUGCGUAUUUGAUUUGUGCAACGAAUAUGUACGUAAACGUGAAGAUGCAUUGUUGUCGGCACAUUAAAGACAAAUUUUUCAAACGACUGUCAAACGAUGAAGCAGCAAUUGAUGCCACCAUGAACUAUUUGAAAUGUGCAGACUCAGUCGAUCGUCCAGACGCAUAUUUGUUGGAUCAGUACUUCGAACAUUUACGUCCACUUUUGGACGAAGAACGUAUUGACGAUUACAAUUACAAUUACGGAGGUGAAGAACACAUAAUACCACGAGGGUGGUUGGAAACAACGGAGGACGAAAAAAAAUACUACAAACAUGUAUUCGAAUUGAUGAAUUUAUUGCGAUACAUAUGUGAACAUAACGCACAAAAUCCGGAUAAACAAUGGAAAUUGUUUCGGCCCAUUCCGCAGUCGCAUAACAAACGGCAUCACAUUGCAAUAGACACAGAAGCAUUUAUCCUGUUUACAAAUCUUCUCUUUGCAAUUAAUGAAGGAAAGACCAAUUUGAGAGCCAAAGACAAUUGGAAUGAACAAGAAUAUUGCCGGUUUUGGAAUCGAUUUGUGAAUUUACGUAAAGUAAAUCGACGAAGUCAAGAGUUCGAUUAUCGCUUUACGACGGACGGAGAAACCGCCUGCCUGAAAAUGAUUCGGAAAACGCGUGGACUCGGCAAUUCGAAUGCACAAGAGACGGUAACAAAUAGCAUAAAUCAUGCGAAUGAGUCGGCCAUUGUUCCGGACGACAUUCAAGCUGCAUUCGAUGCUGGCCAAAUCAAAAAGAUAAUUGGCAACGAUCCCGGCGCAAAAGUUUUAAUAGCGGCUAAUACUCUCGACUUGGACCGAAAAACCGAAGUAAGUUAUCGAUUGAAGGCCAAACAAUGGCACCACCGUGUUGGAACUCACAAAAGAAAGAAAAAGUUAAAGGAAUACACUGGUGCAUACGAAAACGAAUGUCGUCUCUUACGUGAAAAUCGUAAUAUUUAUAUCGAAACACCAUCGCCGAGUAGUCUGAAUUACGAUUUGUAUCUAAGAUACCAACUGGAUAUUUUCCAAGCGGCAAGCGAAGUGAAGUACCGGCCAUGUGUGGCAAAACUAAAAUUUGAUAAAUACGUGCAAACACAAAAAACGGCCCAUCAAAUUGCACGUGAAGUCACACAAAUGGAAAAGGAAAUACCGCGUGAGCAACAAACCAUCGUAUACGCUCAUGGAAAUGCGAAAAUUGCGGCCAAUUCACCAAUUAAAGGCCAUUUGCGUACACCCGAAGCAGCGAUUACGCACACAAUCGAUCGGUAUGCAAUGAGAAUUGAUAUCAAUGAGAGAGGUACAUCUAUGUAUUGCAGUAGGUGUCAACAGAUGACACAAAGACCAAUUGAUGUAAGAGUACGAAAAGGAUUUACGAGACAUAACAUUAAGGAUCGCUUCCUAGUUUGCCAAAACUGUGAAUCGGGCCGGAAUGCUGUUCUCCCAGUUCCACGCGAGUACACUGUGAAAACACAUCGUAGUUAUAGAAAGAAGAUUCCAGUAGUUGGCGCAAGACCAAAAACACGAACAUUUGAAACGCCAGCCGACAAUCCGAAUCGAAUUCGAAGCGUGGUUAUGGAUCGUGACCAUAACGCUUCACGCAAUAUGAUCUAUAAAGCCAAGUGUAUGUUGAGUGGAAUUCCAAUAAAUCCUGUUUUCAAUAUGAGUGCUGUAGCCUAUAGACAACAAAAUCCCGAUCGUGUGAUCCGUCCAAAUCGACCGAAUCAUGCGAAUCGUCGUAAUCAAGCAGCAUAAAGUUAAAGAAAUGUAUCUGCGGUCGUUCCCGGGGGGGUAGUGACCAGCAGACCCAGAAGUACUAUUCUAUAGUAUGUUUGUCCAAAAGAAGCGAUGGAAAAAGCAACGAAAGAAUUCACGAAGCUGAAGAGUCUUCGCAUUGUAUCCGGUUAUUUGAGCGAGAAAAUGACGUCCUUUGUAUAUUUCUU